CCUUUCUCUCAUCAUCAUCGUGGAGCUAAUGGAAGUGAACAUUAUUCAAGAGCUGAAGAUCCAUUGGUUGAAAUCUACGGUUUUUCGUGUUCCUGCAAACCCUACCACUUAUCCUCGCAGAUUGUACUUCAAAUUGUUGGAACAUAAAAGCAAAUCUUUUACUGAGCGUUUUCGAGGACUUGCAGAGCUACAGAGAUGGAAACUUCAUGUAAGAAAGCUUUCAAAGGGUCAAGAUUCUGCCAAGCAGUUCUUAAUUCAUGUCGUCAAAGAGGGGGAAACUUUGACAUCAAUUUCAAGAACAUAUGGGAUACCGAUACAGGAAAUUGCCGAAGUUAAUGCAACAACUCUUGUUGUUGACCUUAUUUUCGAAGGACAGUGCCUUAACAUUCCUUUCCCUGUAUGCAAAGAGAGUCUAAUGGGUUGCACUUGGAAAGGUUGGAUACCUAGCUGUAAGACUCAGGAGAGAUGUCAAAGUGCUCUGAAUUUCUUUGGCAGACAUGAGGACUACAAGAUCUUCACCAUGUUAUCCUCCAAUCAGUUACUCCUUGUUAAACGGACUGGUUAUUUUGUAGUUCUGCUUCCUCUUAUAGCAUUUUGCAUCAGAUGCAUUAUGGGGGCCUUUCACCUUAGAGUUGACAAAAAUUUAAAACAUCAAGCUGUUAGUGAAUCAGAGGCAUAUUGCCAUGGAACCAGAACCAUGCGCUGGAAAUCUGCAUUAAGUGAAAUUACUGAACCAGAUCCCUUGCAUGCUGAUUCAAGACAGGAUUCUGUUAAACAUCCAGAAGAUCAAUCUCAAGUUCCUUUUGAAGAUCUCUCUCAUGCCUAUAGUAAGCUCGAACCCACCUAUCAGAAGUUCUUAUCAGAAUGUGGAAUGGACAAAUUCGGGUAUUGGCGUGGAGGUUCCCCAGAGUAAAAGCAUGUUCUGUCUCACAACUGGUUAUGCCCAAGGCUAUGAAAAAAUUUGGAAUGUCAGAAUCAUUUACUACUGGGCAAAGCUGAUCUUCGUCCGUGGAAUUGACUACCAUAGUGUGCUAAGUGUAGUUUACUGAUUCUUAAGAAGGAAUUUUUGUACGUGAGGCAUUUUGUUUAGGUUUUCAUUUUUGCAUUUAUAUAUGUACAUAAUUAUAAAUUAUUUUUAUGCCAGGGUUUUGAUUUAAAUUCCAAUUCUUGAGCAAAUA